CUCUAUUUAAUCAAUACAAAUUAAUUGUGUAGAUGCCAUACUGUUUGUUAAUGGAUGGGCUUGGAAAGGCAGGGCAUAUACAUGAAGCUAAAUCAAUUUUUGAUGCAAUGAAGGCGAAAGAUGUGAAAUCUGAUGGCUAUUCAUAUAGUAUCAUGAUUUCAGCAUUUUGUCGUAGUAAACUUUUGGAAGAGGCUAAACAGCUGGCAAGAGAGUAUGAAGCCAGAUAUAACAAAUAUGACUUGGUUAUGUUAAAUACUUUGCUUCGUGCCUAUUGCAGAACAGGGGAAAUGGAAAGUGUCAUGGAUAUGUUGAGGAAAAUGGAUGAAUUGACAAUAUCUCCUGAUUGGAAUACCUUCUAUAUCCUAAUUAAAUACUUCUGUAAGGAGAAGUUAUAUCACCUGGCAUAUCGGAUGAUGGAGGAUAUGCACAAUAAGGGUAAUCAACCAGAUGAGGAACUCUGUUCGUACUUGAUUUUACAACUGGGUAAAUUUGGAGCAUCAUCUGAAGCUUAUUCUGUUUACAAUAUGUUGAGAUAUAGCAAGAGAACAAUGUGUAAGGCCCUUCAUGGGAAGAUUCUUAAUAUCUUGGUGGCAGGGGGACUUCUUAAAGAAGCCUAUGUAGUAGCUAAGGACAAUGCGGAGGUGAUAUCUCGGCACAGUUUAAAGAAAUUUGCAGUUGCUUUUGCCAAAUCAGGUAACCUAAACAUGAUAAAUGAUGUUCUGAAAGCUGUUCACACCUCUGGGCACAAUAUUGACCAGGUACGAAAAAAUUUGUGUUUGUAUUUAUUUCUUAUUUGAUUGUUCAUUCGAUUU